AGCAACACGGUUGCCUCCCUUGGGAAUCGUCUCCGUCGACCCACCGCUUCCUCCUCCGCAGGACCAGCAGAAGAAGAAGAUAUGAAGGUGCAGUGCGAGGUCUGCACUGCGGAGGCCGCGUCGGUGUUCUGCUGCGCCGACGAAGCUGCGCUCUGCGACAGCUGCGACCGCCGCGUCCACGGCGCCAACAGGCUUGCUGGCAAGCACCGCCGCUUCUCCCUCCUCCAUCCCUCUUCUUCCGCCCAGCCCCCGCCACUCUGCGAUGUUUGCAAGGAGAAGACGGGCUUCCUCUUCUGCCAAGAGGACCGCGCCAUCUUGUGCAGGGACUGCGACCUUCCGAUCCACAGCGCCUCAGCACUCACCAUGAAGCACAGCAGGUUCCUCCUCACCGGUAUCCGCCUCUCCGCCGCUCCGAAACUGGACGCCGAGGCCGUGACCAGUAUGCAUGGCCACUGCGACAUCAAAACCGACAGCAGCGGCAGCGGCGGCGGCGGCGGCAGCAUGGUGGCAACGACGAACAGCAGUAGCAUCUCGGAGUACCUGAUGAACAUGCUGCCCGGGUGGCACGUCGAUGACUUCCUAAUGGACGACGUCACCGCACAAGCCUUCUGUAAGACGGAGGAGGAGGAGGAGGAGGAGGUGAAUCCAUUCAACAGCGUGUUGAAUGGCUAUGAGGCUCCCUGUUGGGUCGCAGGUGGCGAGGGCACCGGGGUCGAGGAGGUGGAGAUGCAGGCCAGCGCGGGUGUCAAGAGGCCGAGGAUCUCCAUUAGGUACCUGUAAAUCGCAAGCGAGGAAGAAGAUAAUAUCACAGAGAAACGGAGAGCGAUGAUUUCGACACAGAAAUUCCAGCGAUUAGGAAGCUGUCGUGACGCACACAGAUUCCGAGAUAUGCUGUAUUAAUGUUCAUAUCUUCCCUCUCAACCUUUUCCUCUUCCUUCUUUCUUUGCACUUCUGUAGAAGAAAAAGGCUGAGAAGACUGCAUCAGGAUGUACGUAUUGUGGUCUCUUCCAUCAGAUCCUCGUCGAUUCAAUCUGUUGUUUGUAGUUCGUAUUAGAUCCACCAAAUCAGGUAAAAAUUACAAGGAGAAUGCAAUUUUGUUCGUCCAUAUUGAGGAAGAUUAGGCAGAUCGAAACAGCAGUAUCUUUUUGUUACACGUA